AUGGUGAAGAAGCUUGCCGUCGCCUCCCUCUUCUUCACCGCCAACGUGGACGCCUCCGCAGGCCAGUCGUCACCACCUUCCAUGUCCUGCGCGUCCUCCAGCACGGCCACCUCGUGGCAAUGGCCUUCCUGCACGCAGGCCAGGACCAUGUCGUUCGGCCGGGACGACAUGGACAGCCACAGCGCGGAGGUACCAUCGACGCGCCAGGACUGCAACACCAGGGCGAUAAUGAACCCUGCCUACCGCGACGACUCGGCUGCGGUCGAGCACUCCUUCCUCUCCGCCACCGUGUCUUCUGCUUCCACCACGGCGCCGGAGCCGGCAUGCGAGGUGGACGAGGUGAUCAUCCGGGGGAUACGGUCGUCCAGCCGCCUCUUCUUCGAGCCUGAGGCGACGAGCUCCAUCCUUACGAAGCCGAGCGCUGAGGGGUGCGGGGAGGUGGAGUUCGGCGGGGCGAGAGCGGUGGCCAUCGACUCGGCUGACCCGUACGGCGACUUCCGGCGGUCGAUGGAGGAGAUGGUGCUGAGCCACGGCGGCGGAGGCGGGGACGACUGGGCGUGGUUGGAGGAGAUGCUGGGGUGGUACCUCCGCGCCAAUGGCAAGAAGACCCACGGAUUCAUCGUCGGCGCCUUCGUCGACCUGCUAGUCGCUCUCACUUCCGGCAAGCAGAACGACAAGUGCUAG